AUGGCCGGAGUAUCAGACAAGGCGAGAUUCUAUCUCGAGCGCUCGGUCAACCAACUGCGGGAGUGGGAGACCAAGUCGAUAUUCACAAAGGAUGAGAUUCGAGCAAUUGUCCAGAAACGAAACGACUUCGAACACAGAGUGCUUUCCCCAGGCAACACCCCCGCCGAAUGGUCGUCCUAUGCUCGGUGGGAGCAGUCCCUCCAGACACUCUGCUCCAAGCGAUGCCAGAGACUAAAGCUUCGCAAUCUCAACUCCGCCCAUGCCAGCCAGGCUCGGGUGCUCGCCAUCUACAACCGGGGCGUUAACAAACACUCUGGAUCUGCUGCGCUCUGGCGCGAAUACCUUGCGUACCUGGCCAAGGUCAAGGCGGCGAAGCGCUGGCGGAAGACCAUGACGAGGGCCAUCCGAAUGCUGCCCAAGGACCCGGAGCUGUGGACGCUGGCGGCCAAUCGAUUCGCGAACGACGGCGACAUGGCGUCUGCCAGGAAUUGCUUCAUGAGGGGCUGCCGAUUCUGCACCUCGGACUGCGGGCUGUGGCUCGAGUACGCCAGGUGUGAGAUGAAAUGGCUGGAGAAGAUGGAGAAGAAGAAGGCCAAGGGAGAGCCGGUGGUGCCGCCUCGCCCGGCAAAUGACGAUGAUGAGCUCUUGUUGCUGGGCAGUGACGACGAGGACGAGGGCGACGAUUUGUCUCUCCCGGAGCCAUCAGCAAAGCAAACAAAGGUCUUCAACGAAGAGGCGAAGCAGGAGCUUGCGUCAAAUCCCGCCAUGGAUGGCGCUAUUCCGAUGGCCAUAUUCGACAUAUCUCAGAGGCAGUCCUUCUUCAACGCUGAGGUCGCAGAGCAGUUUUACUUCAUGUUCUGUUCGUUCGCCAAGCUCUCUGUCCAGCCAAGGAUAUCCCAGCAUGUCCUGGAUGCCCUGGACGAGCAAUUCCCCAACGAUCCUUCUACUUGCAACUGCCACAUUAGACAACCCCUGUUGGGCGUCUCGCCAUACACGGUCGAAUUCCCUCGACAGCUUGUGGUGGCCUUGCAGCGGUUGGGACCAUACCUGGAGAGCACUACGGAUAGGGCUUCGCUGGAGAAGAAGACCAUGGCAUGGAUAGACGAAUACCUGCAGCUGGAGGACUUGGACUCGGAUCUCAGGGCAGUAUUGGAGCGUACUAGAGCAAGACUGAGUGGGACUGUCGCUGCUUAGAUCAGGAGAUACA